AGUCUGGGAAUAUAUUUAGGCGUGAGUGUUGCGCACAUUGAGUGUUCUUUAAAUUCAGAUGUACUCGCAAGCAAUUGUUCAGUUUACAAUUGCAUUCCGAAGUGGAAAGAUCGAAAGCACAUUUGGUGACUUUCACAAUAUCAAAAGAGAACAACAAAUUCAAUUCAAGGAUAUGAACGAAACGAGACGAACAAUCGGUGGCCUUGCACUUCCGGCACUGCUAUUGACGCUGCUGCUGCUGUUUGUGUCCCAAACCGAGUGUCGAACUGCGGUGGAGUCGGACAAUGAGUCUGAUAUUGCAUCGCUUCCGCCGGAUGUGGAUAACGUGGAGUUGCAUCGAGUGAAGCUCGUCAAUGGCGUGAUGACUGAGGAUCAUCCUAUUGUUAUGUACAAAGAGGACUUUGUCAACGAGGAUUAUGAUCCCACCCAGAGUGAAACCAAGGCGAAACCUACAAGGAAAUACAAGCAACUGAAGCGCAUGCGCCAUCAUUACAGCACCGCAGAGAAGAUACGCUUCGAUGUGCUGCCCGAGACACCAAUCUUUGUGGACGAUGCCGACGACUCUGGUGCCGAUAACUUUGAGGCCGCCUCGCUGUUGGAGCCCUCCAAGCAGGAGACUCUCCAGAAGUAUCCCAAGAAGUAUCACAGUCGUCAGCGUCGUCAAGCGUACUACAACUACAACAGAAACAACUACUAUGUCCAGCCCUAUCAACAUAUCUCCCCUCCCGGAUCAUAUUAUCUGCCAGUUGCGCCACCAACUCAAUACCAACGUAAUCAGGUAGAGGGCAAGAAACCUAAAUAUCGUGGCAAGCAACCUCCAUGGCAAGCAAAGCCCACAAAACCCAGCAUGCCCACCGAUAUUGGCACACGUCUAGGCGAACCCGAUGAAAACUCUUUGUUCCAUGACUCAAAUCCUGCCAAUGCCGACUUCUCGGUAUUCAAUCAACCCAGGCCAGCAGCAGACACUCCCAGGCCAAGCUCAAGCAAUUGGCAAACGCCAACAACUCGCCCUCCUUUUGGUGGCUUCCAGUCCCCACCAGAGUCACCAGUGGAGCAACCGCCUAGCUGGGAGCCCAGCCCACAAAGACGUCCAGCUUCUGCGCUCUCCUCUCGCCCCCGUCCAGCGCCCGCGUAUCGCCAGGACGUCCUCGUGUAUCCCGAGGAGCCGAGCUACGAGGAGGGUAGCGCCUGCCAUCGAGCCUCGCAUCUCUGCUGCAGUCUCUCUAAUUUGGCAUCGUUGUACGAUUGUUUCCAGCAUCUGAACUGUGAGAACAGCAUCUCUGAGAUACUCUCAACCUGCUCUUAGUGAUUGACAAACACACACACACACCCUCACACACAACGACUCGAGUUGCUUUUAACACUGUCUCACAUUACUGCUUGCUGUCUGGCCGCAAUUAUAAUUAAGCCAACCACACAGAGAGUGCUGCUGACCAUUUGGCUUUGACCUUUUCCUAAUUCACAUACAAGAAGAAACACAGCUAGUCGUCGACUGACUUUCCCGCAUACUCGCUUAUAGAUGAUACAGUUUAGCAUAGCUUAACAUAGCGUGUUUAUACAUAUGUUAAUACCACAUAUACUCGUAUAUUUUGUGCCAAGUUUCAUAAAUUACAAAGUUCUGC